GCCUCCUCGAGCCAGGUAUUUAAAAGGUCGGAGUGCCAACGCGGACUGCUCUGCUGUUCUCACACUGCGAGGGAGGGAGGAGAAGCUGUCCACCAUGCUUCUGAAGUCCUUAGUGUCCCUGUGCGUCCUGGCUGUGGCUGCCUUGGCUGUCCCCGCUCAGGAGAAGCGCGUCCAUCACCAUGGUGAUCUGAGCGAGCGUCCCCAUGACGACGCUCACGGCUUCCAGUACGACCACGAGGCCUUCCUCGGGAAGGAGGAGGCCAAGACCUUCGACCAGCUGACCCCCGACGAGAGCAAGGACAAGCUAGCGAAGAUCGUGGAGCGCAUCGACAUGGACCAGGACGGCUACGUCAGCCACGCAGAGCUGCACUCGUGGAUCAGACACCGGCAGCGACGGUACAUCCAGGAGAACGUGGACAAACACUGGAAGGACUACGACAAAAACCAGGACGGGAAGAUAGCCUGGGACGAGUACAAAAACACCACCUACGGAUACUAUCUGGGUGAAGAGUUUGACGACGUUGACGACAAGGAGACCUAUAAGUCCAUGCUGAGGCGGGACGAGAGACGCUUCAGGACAGCGGACCGAGACGGCGACAAGAUCGCCACACGCGAGGAGUUCACUGCCUUCCUUCACCCGGAGGAGUAUGAUUACAUGAGAGACGUGGUGGUGCAGGAAACUGUGGAAGACAUCGAUAAGAACGGCGAUGGCAAGAUCAACAUAGAUGAAUACAUCGGCGACAUGUUCACCCCCGAGGAUGGGGAGAGCGAGCCUGACUGGGUCCACACAGAGAGGAAACACUUCUCAGAGUUCAGAGACGCCAACAAGGAUGGUUACCUGGAUGCAGCUGAGGUGGCCAACUGGGUUCUGCCCGGAGAGGUGGACCAUGCUGACAAUGAAGCCAAACACUUGAUCCACGAGACGGACACCAACAAGGACGGCCGGCUGACUCUCUCUGAGCUGCUCGACAACAUGGACUCCAUCAAGUCCAGCACCAUCACCGACUAUGGAGGCAUGAGGGUCGACGAGCACGACGAACUGUGAGAAAUGUCCCACAGCACACCAGGAACACCUGUCAUCAUGUGCAUGUGAUCUGCAAAUACCACCCCCCCCCCCAAACCCUCCAGACUUCCAAUCUCUGAAACUACUUCCAAUAAAAACAACCAGCUAUGGGUUCCAUAUGAUUAACGUUUAAUGGAAAUGACUUGAAACUCUCUUGAAGUGAUCUUAACAGCUGACAUCAUGUCUACCUAACACUUUGGUCAAAAUAACGUGACAUCAUUGUGUUGAAUGCACAAUGUCACG